AUGAAACUUCUCUUCAUUUUGGCUACUUCUGCUUUGAUCAUCUCGGUCCACUGUGACUAUGCAAGUGGCAGAGAUGGAGGAGGAUCGGCAUAUUCUGCAGGAGGUGGUGGGGAUGCCGCUGCUCCAUCUGCACCUGCAGAAGCUGCUCCAGCUCCAGCCCCUGAACCUGCCCCAGCACCUGAAGCCGCUCCUGCACCAGAGUCUGCCCCAGCACCAGCUCCAGAAGCUGCUCCAGCCCCCGAACCAGCAGCAGCUCCCGAACCAGCUCCAGCACCUGUACCUGCCCCAGCACCUGCUCCAGAUGCUGCUCCAGCUGCACCACCCGCUGAUGCCGGAGGUUAUGUCGCUGCCGCCCCAGCUGCAGGAGGAGGAUCAUACCCAGCUAAAAAGAGAAGAGUCGUCCGCGCUUAUGCCGAUAGCGCUGCUCCAUCAGCAGAGCCAGCUCCAGCGCCAGAGCCAGCACCAGCGCCUGAACAAGCUCCUGCAGCUGAAGCUGCUCCUGCACCAGAACCUGCUCCAACUCCAGCUCCAGCACCAGAACCUGCUCCAGCUCCAGCUCCAGAUGCCGCUCCAGCCGCACCAUCCGCUGAUGCUGGAGGAUAUGCAGCUGCUGCUCCAGCUGGAGGCGGCUCUUAUCCGGCGAAAAAGGUGAUGAGAUUCAACCGACUCGUCGUUGCCUAA